UGUCAACCUUAACUGACUUCCGGCAGUUGUGUCAUAAACAGUGAUUCACCAUUGAAACUCGGUUGUUUUUCUGCGUAAUAUAACUACGGGAUUUACCAAAGAAGUAGAUUAUAGACUCUGUAAAUAAUUUAAUAAUGCCAACUGUUGUUAAUAAUAUUUAUUCUCAAUACAUUUUUUAGACAAUGGUUUGUCCAAAAUGAUGUUACUGUACGGGAGAUCGGUCUACAAUCUUGACCGAAUAACAGUGUGGCCUCACAGUUGUCAAAAAUAUUUAUUCCCAGCAAAUAAUUAUAACUGAUUCAUUUGGUAGAAAAAACAAAAACAGAGUUGUCAUAUUUAUAUAAUUUAUUUAAAUCCACGUUGAAGUUGAAAUUAACCGAUUCCUGUUUGAAUUGUUCAACGAUAAAAGUUGAUUGUCCGAGUGGGAUGCUUGCUCUGCUCCGUCGUCAGUUGACCAACAUGCAUGGACAAUUCCGAAGUAGUGUUUGGGAUCCAGUGUUAAUAAUUGCACAGAUAAUCACCAUGCAGUGUAUCUUUUAUGCAUCGGCUGGAUUUUGGCUUUAUCUCACCAGUUAUAUCACAAACUUUGACAGACACAUCAGCCAAUUUUUUACGCAUUCUGAUUUGGAUUUUGGGGAAGAUAGCGGUCGAAUAAAUGCCAUUGGGUUUGCUAUCAAUUCUUUAUGUUGUGCUUUUGGAUUAUGGAUUGUUGUUCAAAAAACUAAACAAUGCCUGGACUAUGCUGCAACAGUACAUAUAAUCCACUUCUUUUGUUGCUGGAUUUAUAAUGCUCGGUUUCCACAGAACUUUUAUUGGUGGUUAACUAAUAUCAUAUCUCUCAUUCUAAUGACUGUGUCUGGAGAAUUUUUAUGCAUGAGAUCAGAAAUGAAAGCCAUUCCAGUUUCACUGGCACCCAAAGCUGACCUCUAAUCCAUUCCAAGCCAAUUCCUUUGGACUUUUUUGUCUGUACCAAUACAGUUACGGAUGAUAUUCCAGUUGUGUUCCAUUUUUUUUUGCAUUGGUGUCAGUUCUUAGUGUUGAUUUUUUACCUCUGUAAGAAAUACACGAAACCCAUUUGGGUGCAAAACAACAGGGAAAAAAAAAAACAACAAACUUGCUUGCGUGAUCAUCCUAUACUUACUACCACCACGUACCAUUACCUGUCAAAUGUCAUUAGUUGUCACAUACUAAUUAACUGACUUGAAAAAUUUCGAAAAACUCUUAAAUUAACCCUUUUGAUACCAACCUACCUGAGGCUGCCCCUGUUUCUGUAAUAUAAACUUCCUAUUUUGAUCUAAAUUAAAACCUUCCAUCAAAAUUUCAUGAUAAUUUUUGUUUCAAACAUCAGCUUAAUAAUGACAAAGUUUUUUUACUGAGAUUUUUUCAUUAUUUUCAAGAAUAAUUGAAACAAAAGCAAUGUAUUUCCACAGAAAUAUGGUAACAAAAGGGUUAAAGGAGUAUAACAAUAAAUACUGUGCUUGUAGCAAGUAUAUGUGUAUAUAUAUUUAUAUUUAUCUAUGUAUAUAUAUAUAUAUAUAUAUAUAUAUAUAUAUAUAUAUAUAUAUAUAUAUACAUACAUACAUAUAUAUUCUUUGUGCUUCAUUGCAUUCAUUAUAAGUUAUAUAUAUUUUUCUCUCUCUCACACAUACACAUGCAUUUACCUUGAUAUGUCGGUCAACAAAUUACUGAGCAUUUAUUUUUAAUUGCCACCAGGCAGAGUAUGGUCAAAUGGUUAAUCCUACUGCAUGGCAUCUUGGGCAAAUAUCAUUUUCUGUAGCCCUUGAAUCUUGUGAAUGAACUUUGGUAGAAAGAUGGAAAGCCCAUCGGGUGGAUUGUAACUGUAAUUCAAAAGGUACAGCUUUGUCACACAUGUCUGUGGAAUACUCAACCACUUACACAUUAAUUCAGUUCAUUGAAACUGAAUACUCAACAUUAAACAACAGAGAUCCAUUUUUAUUUAUUACCACUGGAGGGUCAUGGUUUGACAGAAUCAUCAGAGCAUCCAACAAAAUGCCCAUAGUACAUCUUCCAGCUCUUUAUGUUCUGAGAUCAAAUCUUUCUUAGGUCCUCUUUGCCUUCAUCCUUUCAGUGUUGACAAAAAUGAAGAAACAAUCAAGUACUAGAGUUGAUGGUCUUGACUAACCCCUUCACUCCUUUCAAAAUUGUUGGCCCUCUGCCUCAAUUAGAAACAGUUAUCGACUGCCACUUGUGUGGCAAUUCUAUAACUUGAAAUGAUCUCAAUUCUGGACGUGUAAACCAAAAAAGUCGAAAAUUCCUUUAUCUAAAUUCUAUAGAUUUUAUUAUUUUCCACAGUUUAUCCAAAUCUCUGAGUUACAGGUAUCAGAUAACUUAAAUAACUUGGAAUCUUAUCACAACUGUUCACAUCUGAUGAUUUGGUUUUGUUUUAGUAAUAAAAGAAAUAUAAUACCUUU